AACCAGCUGUCAGUGAUCAAAUGACAAAUAUUGUGUUGCGAGAUGCGAAACAAUUGAAAUUGUUGUGGAAUUUUUACUUUGUCUCAAUUAGUUAAAUUAAAAAAUGAAGAAUUUUCCAGUAUUUGUGUUCCCUGUGUCAUUGGAAUUCUAUUUAAAUGCAAGACAUACACACAAACAAUUACUGACAGUGUACAAUCCGUACGAUUUUUCAGUAAAUUUUAAAGUGUUAUGUACUUCCCCGAAUAAGUUCACUGUGAUUGAUCCAGAAGGAAUUAUAGCUCCACAAAGUUGUAUAGAUAUAGUUGUUCGAUACACGCAGCCUUCUCUCGCUCAUUGUAAUACAACUGAGAAAUUCAGGAUAACAAUGUAUGACAGAAAUACUCAGCAGGCUCUGGGUAAAAGAGACAUUCCUACAAAAUUAAUCGAAGGUGAACCACUUAAUACUACUCAAGAAAGUUUUGGAGACAAUUUCCAUCCAAUAACCACUAAAACCCAAGUGAUCAGGCCAACAGAGGAACAUGGCAAGAUGACUUGUAAUCAUCCUUCACAUCACCGAGAACAACAGCCUAUAAAUGUAGUUGCGGUUGCAGUGAGCAUUUGUUGUAUAGCUGCAUUAUUACUUCCCACACAGCCUGAGAAUAUAACUCCGUCACAACUGCCGGACUGGCUCCACAUAGGUUCUAAUCUCAAAUUAGUAUUCUCAUUUGUAUUGGGCUUGGUAAGUAUGCUAGUUUUAAGACCGUAAUUUAUUUAUUUUUCUUAUUCCAUCCCAAAGUAUGAGUACAGGUCUGCAGUUAAUGUUUAAUCAAUUUUGACAUUUUGCCAUAUGAAAUAAAUGUUUAGGAUUGAUAUCUUACUAUAGUACUGACUUUUGCAAUGUACAUUAUGUACACAAUCAUUGAUUCCCAUACAGAAUUUAUCCAAACUAUAUACUUAAAAUAAAACAUCACAUGUUAUAUAGUACUCAAAGACAAUUUUAUGUAUAAAACAUAAACAUUUGUACAUUGACUAUUUACUUUUUCCUCUAUAUAUUUAUCUCUCUUAUAAUAAAUUAUUCAUGUUCUUAAGCAGCAAUAUCUGGUGAUCUGUGUUAUAAAUAUGUUCCAUGUUUUUACAAUACAAUUUAACUUUGAAUAUAAAUAAUGUCACGCUCCAACUAUUUUAUACUAUCAAGUUAAUUAUAAAAUUAUUUUAUUUUAGUAUGUAAAAGGUAAUAAGGUUGUUAUUUUUAAAUCUCUAAUUAUACAUGACAAAUCAAUCCAUACAGUAUUGUGUGGUUGUCUCACUUUUGCAUUUUUUCUUUUUAAUAAUUUGUUUUACGUAUCUGGUCAUUAAGUGAUUGUAUUUCCUAAAUUAAAUUUAAUUUUUUACUCUAUAAUUGUUUAGGGGUUUUUUUAAAGAUUGCUUUGGUACUUUUGGAAAUUGGUAUAGGGUGCUAAAUUGACCUUAGUUUUAUUGGAAAAGGUGUGAUAUUUUUAUAGUAUUUGUUUUAAACAACAUAAUUUGUGCCUGUUUUUUAAGUUAUAAAGGCCAAGAAACUUAACUGUAAAUAACUUUUAUAUAUGUAAAAGUAGUUUUAUACAAUGUGUAUUGACAGCCUUAUAAGCUUAAGCUUUUUUUUUUACAAUGUUUUCCUUUUAUUUGUAUUUCCAAUAUAAAUGUUUUGAUUUGAAUGACGAUAAU